CAGCUUCCUUCCAGGCAGUAUUGGUUCAUUCGGGUGGCUGUAGGUGGCCGAGAGGAAAGCCGGUAGCCCCUUCCGGAGGGCAGUUUUUGUUCCUGCGUGCCGCCAUGGCGCUUUCUUCGAUGCGGCAGGUGUUCGUCUCCGUCGUGCUGGUGCUUUGCGUGUUCGUAGCGAUGCCCAGGAUAUUCAGUGGGGGCGGGAAGUCUCCGCGAAGUGCCAAAACCUCCUCUGGCCGGCCAGCUCCUCAUCAGCCUCGACGUGGUGGACCUGAGAAGAUUCUGCAUUCACAGAUGAAUUUGGAAACUCCUGAAAGUAAAACAUAUCAAAGCAUCCAGCAAAUGAGAAAUGCAAUGGAGAAGGAGUUGAAGACAGAACACACUAGAGGCAAUGGCAAAGACUUUGCUUUAACCCUAAUGCCAUUAUAUGCUAUUAGUGUGGGUGUGUUUGCUUUAUACAAAUUCUUAAAGAUGAAAUCUCAGGAAGAAAAUUUUUCGAAAAAAGAAAAAAAUGCAGAAGACAAAACAAAAGAAACAGAGCAUCAGCUUUUGGAACUGGAACAACAUCUUGCACAAACAGAAAAAAUGUUAAAUUCAUUAUUGACUCAGUUAGAUCCACUUUCAAGCUGUAUAAAUACACUGGCUUCUGAGCAGAAAUAUGAAAUUAUGGAACAACUUGAGUCCAUUAGGAAGCUGAUGAAACAAAGUGGAUUGGACAAAUCGGCCAUGAAACCACAAGAUAUUAGCCAUACAUGCCAAGAAAAGCUUGAAGAUCUUAUUCAGUCGUUCAGUGAACAUCCUGAGGCAAAAGUGGAUGAGGGGAUUUAUGAAAAAUGUGAGCAUGAUAUCUUAUUUGAAGAUAUGGAGGAGCCUCAUGGUGUAAAAAAUUAUCAACACUUUGAUCAUGAAUAUUUACUUAGUUCAAUGGAAGAACCAAAGAAGACAGAAGUAACUAAUCAAGAUGUAACAGAAUUAGAUACUGGGUUAAGACGACGACUUAGGAAUGAAUGAAAGUUAUACUUGGGAAAUUGUAAUGAAUUUUGCACAUAUUAUACAAUGCACUUUUAAAUUCUGAAAUAUAUUCACAUGACUGCUGUGUGUUUUAAAAUAAGAUAUUUAUGAAAUUUUCCUAUUUAUUCUGAAUAAAAUAAUUUCUGCAUAUAGUACACUGAAAAUUCUAUAUAGCAUCAUAAUCACACAGAUUCAUUUUUUAAAGCAAUUAAAGUGUAGUAAUGGCCACAGAAGAUGUAAGUUUGUUAAUAUGCCCCUGCAGAAAUGAUUUACAACAAAUAUGGAAUGUUACUCCUGUGUUAGUUACUUUACAUUUCAGUGUAAAUUUAGUAUCGAUUCUGAUUCUGAUACUCUCUUGUUUUGAAACAGUGGAAAUAGGUUUAUUCCUUUGAAACAAACUACCUAUAUUUCUUUACAUUAAAGGUUCUUUUGGUUGCUGAACAGUAUUGAAAAAAUAAAAUGUAGCAGUUAAAUACAAU